AUGGAUGCCAAUUCUGUCUCACAAAUUGUUUCUGCGUUAAACGUAAUUUAUUCAUCUGUCUCCAAUAAUGCCCAAAGAUUAGAGGCCCAGAAGUUUCUGGAUCAAGUUAAAUUACACAAGGAUGCUCCGCUAUUUGGGUACACCCUAGGAACUCAAUAUGAAAAUGACUACAUUCUUAAACAUUUUGGGUUGCAACUACUUGAAUAUUCAAUUAGGAAAAAUUGGGCAAGUUAUGAUAUUGCCAAAAUGAACGCUGUUCGUAAAUGGAUCGAAGAAUUGAAUUCUAAAGUAACUUCACAGGAUCCAAGAUAUAUCAAAGAAAAAUUGGCAUAUUUAUGGGCGGAAAUUGCCAAGAGGGUUUGGGGAGAAUACUUAAAGAUAACGAGCAUUGAAAAGGAUGAAGAUACCGAUAAUGGUAUUGCACCAGCAGAAUUGGAUGAAAACCAAUUACUUUACUCAUGGUGUGAUAUGGAUACCAAUCUAAUGCAAAUGUGGCAAAUGAAUGAAUCAACACGUGAAGUUGUUUUAAUUAUUUUUAGAACAUUAUUCGAAGAUAUUUUCCUAUUGGACGACUUAAUAGCCAUGAAACGAAUGAGCGUGCUACAACCAUUGUGUAUCAUGAUCAUUUGUCCGGUUCAAUUAUUUAUGAACAAAUAUAAAUUUGACAAGAGUUGGAUUUUGUUUAAAAAUAGCAACCAAAAUGGUUGGUUUUCUGUUUGGGUUAAUGAAUUACGGGAUCUUUUAAACACCAGUCCAGAUUCGCCGUACUUAGUGAGAUUACUCGAAACUUUGAAAACCUCCUUAAAUUGGCCAAUAUCUGAUAUUGUCUUGGAAAGCAAUAUUGCCCAAUUGCUAUUCCGAUGUUUAUUGACCAAUAAUUCAAAAAGCAAAGUCUUGGCCCUAGACUCUUUACAUAUUUUAUACACAAGACCUUAUCCUGACAGUGGCCAACUAGAUAAAUUAUUAGAAACCUAUUAUGACAGUGUGGAUUUAUUGAGCCAAGUUUACGAUAACCUAGGAUUUGACCCUAAAGAAGGUGUUGAUGAUGAAAAAUAUCCAAUUGUCAAGAAAUUAGUUGAUAUGACCGUUUCUUUGCAUGGAUCCUUUUUGAUCUUGGACGAAGAAGGGGACGCUACCAAUAAGAUACCAAAUGGCGUAGAGAUUUUGGGGAAAUAUUUAAACCUAGUUUUGAAAAUUACCAGUAACCCUAGUUUGGUUGUCAGUGGGUUAACUUUGGAAAUGUGGGUUUCUUUAUUGAGACAGGAUAAAAAACUUGCAAUAUUAGAUCAAUUCAACAUUUUCACAAGAUUAUUACAGUUGGCGGCUGACUUUUUAAUUUAUUUUGAGCAAAUAGAGAACCACGUAUCCAAAGAGUUUGUUGACGUUGAUUUUCAAAGUUUAAGUGAAUAUAAAUCAUUUUGCUCGGUUUAUCGUAGAUCUAUCCGUGAUAUAAUAAGAUUAAUUUCGUGUGUUAGACUAGAUGAUACUUACGACUGGUUGAAUUCUAGAUUGAACGUCUACUUUUCGUCUUCCUUUGGUUCUGAAGUUUUAACAAACGUAUUUUUGGACCACCAAAGUGAGCCUUACCUAAGCGCUUUGUCACAAUUGAUGAUCAUAGAGUGUUUUAUUAAUGGAUGUAUACGAUGGAAGAUAUGGUGGAUGAACAAAGCCGAUUAUGAGGAAAAAUUAGCUGUCAUCUUAUCCAAAGUAGAGGUUUUAUCAAACCAAUUGAUUAGCUUGAAUUUGAAGGAGCCAAUGCUUUUGAAAAAACAAGUUCAGAAUUUUGCUUUGUUUUUAACCAUUUUGGAAGAUAAUGCUUUAUUUACCUUGUUGGAGAGAAUUAUCACAACAGCAACUUUAGAAUACCCUGAUGAAGCGAAAUUGGAAAGAGAAGGGGAUGAGAGAGCAGAUUCUAUUAGAAGUCUAAGAUAUGCCUGUGGUGUUGAAUUGAAUCGGAUGGCUUUAUUAAUGCCGGAAUCAUUAUCCAGGAUUUAUAAUGAUUUAGAAAGUGUUGUUGCAAGAAUCUUGCCCAACUUAUCCCGCCAUGAAGUUAUAUCGUUUAAAGCAUUUCUAAUGAUAAUUGUGUUGAAAUCAUCCAUGGAAAAUAAGGAAGCUAAAUUUUCUUCCAUCGUAGACCCUGAACUAGUAGCAUGGUCCGAUGAAAAUACAGUUACUGGACUAAGAGAUUUGCCUUGGUUUAUGGAAAGGGUAGGAAUAGUGCAAAUUGCCAAGUAUUUUCAACAGAGAAACAUUAAUGAAAAUAGUGAUUUAUUGGCCAUUAAUAUUGAUGAGCAAGGCCGACAAUUAAAAUUGGAUUUGAGCAAACGUUGGAGUUGUCUAUUUCCUGUUAGAGCAACUAGAAUUUUUGUACAUUAUAGUGUUGAGAAACUGAAAACUAUUGAAGAUUAUGCGAUGGUCCAAACACUCUGGAAGCCAAGAAUUGUUCCAGUCUUGCCAUAUAUUUUACGGUUGCUAUUUCAGUUACAAUCUUACCAUGAUCCUGAAAAUUGGAAAGAUUUACCAGUGGUGGUCCAGUCUUUUGUUAGGUAUUCAACCAUUGAGAGAUUUUGGGAGGCCGGUGCUUCAAACAAGACUAAAGACGAGUUUAUCGAUGAGCAUAUGCAAGCAAUGAAUACUGUGAGAGAUUUUGCGGACUCUGUGGGACACAUAGUUAGAUACACUAGAGAAGUUGUUUUGGCAAUAAUAGCAACUGUUUCUAGGUUGGGUACAAUUAUUUAUGAAAUUGACGAAUUACCUCAAUUGAUAUUGGAUUCAAUUUUUAUUAAAAAACCUGAUAGUAACACCAUUAGUCCUGGUGUUUCUAAACAUGCCUGGAAACAUAUAGUAAACAUGGCCCUACGCCCAUUAAUUAAGAACUGCCCAGAGGAGCUACAACCCAAGUUUUGUUCCAAAUUUUUACCACAGUUGUUUACCUAUUUGGAUAUAAUAUUGUGCGACUUGUGGUCAGUAUACAUGAACGAUUCUGAUUUCAAACCAACCCCAUCUGACAAUGAAGAAAUUACUGAGGAAAUUUUAGAGAAUAACUUACUAAGGCAAUUUACUGCAGUUGUGGUUAGAUUGUUGAUAGAUAAUGUAGGUCAAGUUGGUUCCACAUCGCAAGCUUCCAAAUUAAGGCUUUCUGCUCACCAACAAAGGUUGAGAGGGAUUAUUUUUGGGGACAAGGAAAUUUUAUUGCCCUAUUUGAGACUAGUUAACCAUCUAAUGACUUUCAAGGACUCUAAAUGUUCUUUAAACACUGCUUUGAUUUUAAAAGGUGGGUUGAAGGAAAAUGUUGGGUUGCAUCCACAAAUCGAUGAAUAUUAUACCAUGGAAAUCAUGCCCAAUAUUUUAAAAAAUAUACUGAUGGAUCCAGCUUAUAAGGAUUCGUUUUAUGAUGCCUUAUUUAUAUACACCUGGUUAAUGAAUGAAGUUUAUAAAAAUUAUCCAAAUGCCAUUUCUUUUUUGGAGGAAUUAAGUCUGGGAUAUGAUAUUCAUGGGUUGAUUAAAAGAUUAGGAGAGGCACCACAUUACAAAGAACAAAGGGUCAUUAUGUUAGAAUAUUUAGACUGGGUUAAAACUGGGAAUGGUAAAAAUACUGGUGCUGAUGAAGAUAAUGAGGAAAGUAGGAAGAAAAAGAGACAAGCUAUUUUAAAGAAAGCAUCAGAAAGAUUAAUGAAGAAGAAUAAAGAUGAAGGUGAUAUGAUGAAUGAUCCCACUGUAGAGGAUGGUGCUGUGGCAUCGUUAUUUAGUCAUUAG